CCAUCAGCUAAAUAAUCAAUCUCAUCAGUCGCAACCAAAAAAUGGCUUCUCGUGGUCUAAUUCUCCUGACCUUCUCCCUUUCCCUACUACUGCUCUCUUGCUCUAGCACCCAAGCCCAGCUCUCCGCCAACUUCUACUCCUCCACCUGCCCCAACGCCCUCUCCACCAUCCGCUCCGGCAUCCGCACCGCCGUCCAGCGCGAGCGCCGAAUGGCCGCCUCCUUGAUCCGGCUCCACUUCCACGACUGCUUCGUCCAGGGCUGCGACGCCUCCGUCCUCCUCGACGACACCUCCUCCUUCACCGGCGAGAAGACCGCCCGCAACAACCGCAACUCCGUCCGCGGCUUCAACGUCAUCGACGCCGUCAAGUCCCAGCUCGAAACUUUAUGCCCCGGGGUCGUCUCCUGCGCCGACGUCGUGGCGGUGGCAGCCCGCGACGCGUCGGCCGCCGUCGGCGGGCCAUCAUGGGCGGUCACCCUCGGGAGGAGAGACUCCACCUCGGCGACCCUAGCCGCGGCGGAGGCCAACCUCCCCUCGUUCAACGACGGCCUUGACAGGCUCGUUAACUUGUUCGGCACGAAAGGGCUGAGCGCGAGGGACAUGGUGGCUCUCUCCGGGUCCCACACCAUCGGCCAGGCCAGGUGCGCCACGUUCCGCGGCAGGAUCUACAACAACGGUUCCAACAUCGAUGCCAACUUUGCCACUACGAGGAGGCGGCAGUGUCCCUCGGCGGCCGGCGACGGCAACGACAAUCUGGCGCCGCUGGAUCUGGUGACGCCCAACUCGUUCGACAAUAAUUAUUUCAGGAAUCUGGUGCAGAGGAGAGGGCUGCUUCAAUCCGACCAGGUGUUGUUCAGCGGUGGGUCGACGGACGGGAUUGUGAAUGAGUACAGCAGGAACGGGAGGGUUUUCAGCUCGGAUUUCGCGGCCGCCAUGGUUAGGAUGGGGAGUAUAGAGCCGUUGACUGGUUCUCAGGGACAGGUCCGGCGGGUUUGCAGUGUUGUUAAUUGAUGGGAUGGACAACUAAAAGGGUAAUGGUUAUGAGCUCUUUGUGGUGUUAUGUGUGAUUGUUUGCUUGCGUUUCAAGCUUUUGUUUGAUUUGAUUUAUUGCGUUGGGA